UGCAACUAGAGGAGGAGACUUUACGCUUUACUUGCUUGAGUCUUGCUUCCGAGUCGCUUGAUCCUUCCUUCCUUCCAUAUCUGACUUUCCACAACAAAAAGUCCUCAACUCUCUAAUCUCUGUCUUCCGUUGCUUUGAUCUCAACCUAAGCCCACACCGCACGUCACGUUACAAAAAACAAAACAAAACCAUCUUAUUCUUAAAUCAGAAAGAAAUAUUUUAUUUUUCUGUUUCCAGGCAAUCUAAUAUUUUUUUCUCUUACUGCCCAUCGUGAAUCCGACCGUAACCCAUGUUCAGAUAUCCUUCCAAACAUUCGAAUCUAUGUUAAAAAUCCUUUCUUUAUCCUCUUAAGAUAUACUUUAGUAGUUGGUCGUGACCCCAAACAGAGACUCAUACGCACACACAAAGAUUAUGGGAUCCGCCGCUGCAGACAGUUCUUCUUCUUCUGAUGUUGCCAUCUCAGCUCUGCGUGAGAAGCAUGAGAAGGAAGUAGAGAAUCUAACACUGACCUCACAACCUUUUAACACAUUGAGGCUGUUUGUUGAGGCUACUGUUCUGUACAUGAAGCGAUCCAUAUCGUAUCUGCUUGCUCAUGGAGGUUGGUUCAUGCUUCUGACCACUUUGUUUGUGGCAUCUGGAGUCUUGCUUGUGACUGUUGAUGGACCUCAUGGAAAACAUGUUGAAGAAGUAUUAGAGUAUGUCAGAUACAGCUUAUGGUGGAUAGCACUUGGCGUUGCCUCUUCUAUUGGUCUUGGAUCUGGUCUCCACACUUUUGUUCUCUAUUUGGGUCCGCACAUUGCAUUGUUCACUCUCAAAGCAACUCAAUGUGGCCGUCUUGAUCUGAAAUCUGCACCUUACGAUACGAUACAGUUCAAACGAGUCCCCUCGUGGCUCGACAAGUCUUGUUCAGAAUUUGGGCCUCCUCUAAUGAUAUCAGCCGCUGGAUCUCGGGUUCCACUCACCAGCAUAUUGCCACAAGUCCAGUUGGAAGCGAUUCUGUGGGGUAUCGGAACAGCUCUUGGGGAGCUUCCUCCAUAUUUCAUCUCCAGGGCAGCUAGCCUUUCUGGGGAUGGAAUGGAAGAGUUAGAAGCUUCAUCAUCUGAAGAUAGUGGGUUUAUGGCGGCUAACCUGAACCGGGUUAAGCGCUGGCUAUUAACACAUUCACAGCACUUGAAUUUCUUUACCGUCUUGGUUCUUGCUUCGGUUCCAAAUCCUCUGUUUGACCUGGCUGGUAUCAUGUGUGGACAGUUUGGAAUUCCAUUUUGGGAAUUUUUUCUGGCGACUUUAAUAGGAAAGGCGAUCAUCAAAACUCACAUACAGACAAUAUUUAUCAUCUGUGUCUGUAAUAACCAACUGCUGGACUGGAUGGAGAACGAGAUGAUCUGGAUACUUAGUCAUGUCCCUGGUUUGGCUGAUGUAUUACCUGGACUCAUUGACAAACUCCACGCCAUGAAAGAAAAGUAUAUUGAUGUGUCACCUCCUGUUCCAUCUCAUAUCAAGGUGAAAAAGUGGGAUUUUUCGUUUGCGUCCAUCUGGAAUGGGAUAGUGUGGCUGAUGCUCCUCAACUUCUUCGUCAAGAUUGUGACCGCAACUGCACAGAGACACUUGAAGAAGAAGCAAGAGAAAGAAGUAGCUGCUUUGGCUCAUUCUGAUUGAGAUCAAAAUACCUUAUAAGUAAGCCAAAUCUCACCAUCUUUACUUUCUUCUGCCCCAACAUUAAAACAGCCAUUGUCCAGAUUUAAGAAGGGUAAACAAAAAUGGAAGCUUCUCUUCUCAUGUGUGACACAUUGUUCUCGUGGGAUUUGUAACUGUAUAGAAGAAAAAGGAUGUGUUUAGGAGGUGGAAUGGUGUUUGUGAGAUUGCAGUGGAUGUUUAUUUUAAUCCUGCGAUUCUGCAGAGAAGGUUACAAAAAAAAAAAAGCUUAUACUGUAGUUGCUAAUUUGUUAGUGUUAGCUUCUUUAAAUUGAAACUAGUAUUAAGCUAUUAUAUUAUAUCCCUAUCCAUGAUAACUUUCUUUAAUUUUCUAUUUUGAUUUUACUAUUGCAAGUUUUUUUUUCUUUUUAACAAGAACAUAAUUGUGUUGGAAUUUAAAAUUUCAAACACUUUAGCUACUGGAAAAGCUAUAUACCUCGCAGGUGCACUAGCACCGGUUACGUACGGACAUGCCGAAGUCUCAAACAGACAAGUUUGGUCUGAACUGGAGAGUUCCAACAAGUUUGGUCUUGAACUGGAGAGUUCCAGUAAUACAAUUAAACCGAGUAAAUCCCAGACAGGGGACACAAGGAAACAUAAUAAUAUCAUCAGAGCACAUAUAUGAACUCGGUUCCAAAAUUGACGUAAGAUUUUUAGGUGCAUAAGCCAAGUUACAGUACAGGAUGUAAGAACAAAGCUUCUCAAGCGUCAGAAAUAUAGUGUAUCUUCAUGCUACUUUGUCAUCUUUUCAAGCUUCGCAUCGAGCUGCUAUGCUCUUACACUCUUGUUUUAGAUUAUAGAUUAUUUUGGGCCACAAAAAGCAGUGUUCUGACGAAACCAAUAGUACUUGGUGAAGCAGAUUCUCGGAAAGCUUGCUGAGCAAUUCGAUACUUUUUAUCUGCUCACUCCUCAGUCUCGACCGGAUCACCACCUUUAUUCAGCCACAGGCCAACAUACACACGAAUCGCAGACAGAGAAGAAGUAUGAGAACAUGAUGAUGUCUCCAACACAAGGGAGAGCAGUCGAAUGCGGAUGAAAAGGGGUCAUGAAACUUGUUCUGAUGAUGAAUCUCUAAGGCAUAAUGAUCCCUCAGUUUUGCAUGACCUCGUCACAUAUAGUCUAAAUAUUCAAUGACUUCAAUAGAAAUUUUGCUCGCUUUUCUAUGUCAACUUUUUCUAUUUUUGCGAAAGAAACAAAAUAGCAUUACUUUUUAUUUUUUGGUAAAAUAAAAAAUACCAUUACUUUU